AUGUCAUCAGGCCAUCCGGGCGCUGCGUCGCUCUCGCCGUUUAAGGAGCAUGAAGAACCCGAUCUCAACAUAGAAUUCAGUAACGUAGAGGCACGCAACAAGCUGGAGCGCAGACUCUUAUGGAAACUCGACUUGCGUAUGUCAAUGCUGGUUCUCAUCUACAUCCUCAAUUUUAUGAGUAACUUCAGUGCGGCACGCUCGCGAGGGCUCGUCACCGACCUUCAUCUCGAGCGUAAACAGUUUGCGACGCUGUUGUCUAUUCUCUAUGUCGGAUAUAUCAUCAUGCAGAUCCCCUCCAACAUGUUUCUCAAUUACAUCGGAAAACCAUCGCUCUAUUUGCCUGCCUGUAUGGUAAUCUGGGGGAUUAUAUCGGCACUGACUGGGAUUACAGCAAAGUAUGAUGUAUUAUCGGUGUCUGACGAACUUCUGACCACUGUCCUCAUAUUAGCGUCACCUGGUGUGCUCCUAACACGAUUCUUUCUUGGUUUUGUAGAAGCAGCGUUUUUCCCUGGUGCUGUAUUCUUGAUUUCGAAGUGGUACAAGAGAGACGAAAUUGGUCUCAGAUUAACCAUCCUCUCUUGCGGAAACAUCAUUAGCAGUGCCUUCGGCGCUCUCAUUGCAUCAGGCAUUCUCAGUGAUAUGAACGACAACCUCAGACAUGCGGCAUGGAGGUGGCUUUUCUACAUCGAAGGAGCUCUGACUGUUUUCGUUGCGAUAAUCGCUGUCUUUAUUUUGCCAGACUUUCCGAUAAACACAAAGUGGCUUUCUGAUGACGAGCGUCGGCUUGUAUUGAAGCGUAUGGAGGAGGAUGCUGGUGUUGGCGAUGAGACAGAAACUGAGCAGGGUGGCCGCUGUCAUGGCCUUUACCUCGCUGUCACCGACUGGAAGGUCUGGUGGAUCGCAUUAGCAGCGGCCAGUCAGGUAGUGGCAUCGUCCUUCGCUAUCUAUUUCCCCACUCUUACUGCAACGCUUGGGUACAACCCAACGGUGACGCUGCUCCUGGUUGCGCCUCCUUUCGUCUGUGCCGCCAUUGUUGCAUUCGUGUUGUCCAGGCACUCUGACAGAACGCAAGAACGGUUCUACCACAUGAGCGCUUCAUACAUCGUUGGUAUGAUUGGGUUCAUUAUUGCAAUGUGCACCAUGAACACUGCGGCCCUGUACCUGUCCCUGUUCCUCAUGGAACAAUCCAAUGCAGGGAUUAUGUUACUGCGUGCAGUAUGUUUUUCGCUCAUCAAUUCAAUUCAGCAACUCGGCAGCAUUGCAGGGUCGUACGUCUGGCAAUCGAAUUGGGGCCCUACUUAUCGAUACUCGUAUGGCAUUUGCCUCGCCGCUAGCAGUAUCUCGAUUACGAUGUGUUGGGUCUUCAGACAGCAUCUGAAGACAUUGAACAGGAAGCUUGAGGAAGAAGAGCAGGAGAAAGGGAUCAAAGAACGGGGAUUCCGCUACCUUCCGUGA